AUGAAAAACAUUUACUUCCUGGCUGGAUUGUUCAUAAUGCUGGUACAAAGCAGUUGGCAACACCCCCUUCAAGACACAGAAGAAAAACCCAGACCAUACACAGAUUCCCAGACAGAGCCAUUAGAUGAUAAUCUGAUGAAUGAAGACAAGCGUCAUUCACAGGGCACAUUCACCAGUGACUACAGCAAGUAUCUGGACUCCAGACGAGCUCAAGAUUUUGUGCAGUGGUUGAUGAACACCAAACGGAAUGGGAACAAAGUUGCCAAACGCCAUGAUGAAUUUGAGAGACAUGCUGAGGGGACCUUCACCAGUGAUGUCAGCUCUUAUCUGGAAGGUCAAGCUGCCAAGGAAUUCAUUGCUUGGUUGGUGAAAGGCCGAGGAAGGAGAGCUUUUCCAGAAGAAGUCGCUAUAGUUGAAGAGCUUCGCAGAAGACAUGCCGAUGGUUCCUUCUCUGAUGAGAUGAAUACAGUUCUGGAUAACCUUGCUACCAGGGAUUUCAUCAAUUGGCUGCUUCAGACCAAAGUUACUGACAGGUAA